AUGCAGCAAAUGGGGAUUAUCGGCAUAGCUUUCGCCGGCGUGUGUACGGCCCUCUCCGCGAAGUGUGUAAUCGAGUUAAACGUAGGCGAGGAUGUCGGUAUCGCAGUGACCAUCGUCUCACCGAAACCAAAACUAAUCGCAUCGAAUUUCGAGGAGCAUCUGCUCAGUCUUGCCUCGCUUCCAUCUAGCCCAGCUCGCAAUGCAGUUGUGGUUGGAGGCUGCGGAUUCACGAGAACUGAAAUCGCGGCAGAACUUCCUAGUUGUCUACGGUCAAUUCUCAGUGUUCCGGACGUGCGCCCCGUCAUCGUCGAACAGGCGAAUCAGAUUGAUCGCGAAUUGGGCUCAAAUCCGCGAACGGUCAUCCUCUGUGGCCUGAAGAAGCAAGACGUGGAAAUGAACCUUGGAUCCGCAGUUGCGUCUGUGGGCAAGAGGCGUCGUGAUUGCCACCGGCGAGCGUAUCCAAACCUUCACCGUUCUUUGGACAGCUGGACUAGAAGCAGCCUCCUUGAUGCAGCAGAUAUCAGGCGCGAAAGACAAUCUCAAUCGCGUCGUGGGUACUUGGUGCUGCCGAUCCUGACGGUAAAGGAUCUAAUCUAG